GUCUGGACACGAUUGUUGGUGCGCCCUCUAGGGGCGGUACGUCUCUCUGUCUCUCUGUCUUCCCUCUAUUCUGCCAUCCAUUUGUUCAUUCCCUCCCAAACCCUUUUUUGUCUCUUUCGAGCAGAAUAAGUUUCAAACCUCGACAGUUUUCGUCCAUUAAAAUUCAACAACAAUCCCGUACUCAAGGACUACACGAUGACUCCAAUCCUCCGAUCGAAUAGCUCCAAAGUCCUUCUUCUUGGCAGCGGUUUCGUCGCGGGGCGGUGUCUUGGUGCCUUAUCGGACUCUGACGUCGCCGUCACUGUUGGCAAGUAUCUGGAAAACAUUGCCCAGUUGACUGGGGAUACAUGCGCUGCUGAGGAACUGGCUGAAGGUGUCAGACACGCAACUGCCAUCUCGCUUGACAUUAACAAUACCGACGCCAUGGAGGCCGAAGUUGCAACGCACGAUAUUGUCAUCAGUUUGGUUCCUUAUGUCUACCACCCUCAGGUUAUUAAAGCUGCUAUUAAGGAAAGGAAGAAUAUUGUCACUACUUCUUAUGUGAGCCCUGCUAUGAUAGAGCUUGACCAAGGGGCCAAGGAUGCCGGUAUCACAGUCAUGAAUGAGAUUGGUCUCGACCCUGGUAUCGACCAUCUGUACGCUGUCAAGACCGCCAAGGAUGUUCAUUCCAAGGGUGGCAAGAUCUUGAGCUUCCUUUCUUACUGUGGUGGGCUUCCGGCCCCCGAGGCCUCGGGGAAUCCUCUUUGUUACAAAUUCUCUUGGUCUUCUCGUGGCGUCCUACUUGCCCUGCGUAAUUCGGCAAAGUACUACAAGAAUGGAAAUGUAGAGGAAAUUGAUGGAACCAGGCUUAUGGAGACUGCGAAACCAUACCUCAUCUAUCAGGGCUUUGCAUUCGUUGCGUAUAUCCUAACCGCGAUUCCACCGUGUACAAGGAACUGUAUGCCAUUCCCGAGGCACAAAUUGUCAUUCGUGGUACUCUCCGCUACCAGGGAUUCCCUGAAUUUGUCCGUACUCUCGUCGACACUGGAUUCCUAUCUGACGAGCCUCUUGCCUUUCUUAAGCCUUCUGAUACCCCUCUUCCGUGGAAGACCGCUCUAGCAAACAUCCUUGGGUCAUCCUCCGAGAAGGAAGAGGACCUCAUUCGGGCCAUUUCUUCGAAGUCCAGAUUCAAGGACAAUGAGGAGAAAGAACGUAUCGUCAAUGGAAUGAGGUGGCUGGGUAUGUUCAGUGAGGUUAAGAUAAUACCAAGGGGUAACCCGUUAAACACCCUGUGUGCCACUCUGGAGGAGAAGAUGCAGUAU